CGGCAAUAUUUGUGUAAACCGAUAACUUAUUAUUAUUACUAAUAUCCGAUUUGUUGAAUUUUCGUGGAUCGGGAUUUUGCAAAAGUUUCAAAAUAUUUGUACAAGAAUGGGUGCGUUAGCAGAGGUUGCAGGUGAUGAAAACAAUGGUGAAGGUUCGCGCACGUUUGUAUUCCAGAACGAGGGCCACACCUUGGGGAAUGCAUUGAAAACAAUUAUAAGCAGAUAUUCAGACGUAGAUUUCUGCGGCUACACGAUUCCACAUCCGACCGAGAACAAAAUGCACUUUCGUAUACAAUCGGAUCAAAACAGAGCAAUAGACAUAUUAAAGCGGGGUUUAGAAGAUUUGGAAUCACUUUGUGAUCACACCAUAAACACGUUCGACUCGGAAGUUAAAUCGUUUAAUGAAAUAAAUAAUAAGUCUGUUACAACAUAAUUAGUUUGCACAAUAUUUUUUUUACUUUAGGCGGCUAUGCGCAUCUUUUUGGGAUCGUAAUUUGGUUUCCGCAAGUGGUGAUAAUUUGGCAAGACCUUUCUGAGAAAGUCGAUUUGUAAUGUUUGAGACUGAAAAUAAUAACAAAUGGAAAAUAA